AAACUGAUGAUGUGUCGAGAACCAAUCUGUCACUUCCGCAUCGCCGUUGUGUUCAGUUGUGAUUGGAAGUAAACUGACUACAGAGUGAUGGAAAAAGGGGGCUCUAGUUAACUUCAUUUACCUGUAAACUACAUCACUGGGUUGUUUUGUCUUGAAUGUUUUUGGAGGUUACAGUACCGGCUACAAUAUAAGAAAGUAAAACACAGAGAGAGAUAGACAGCUAGCUGUGCAGCUAGUCUGCUGGUCUGUCAGGGUCUGCAGCUUUUUACUGUUGAAGAUGGAUUUCCUCUGCGGGAUAGUACAAGCUUUGGUUGCACUGGCAGCUUUUGGUCUCAUUAUGGUAAGAAGCUUCAAUUUUGUGUCAUAUUAUAUAAGAUCACAUACUCAUCUCUGUGUGUUUUAACCCACAGAAUUGGACAGAUAUUCUUAAAAGCACCAAAAGCUUAAACAAUUCACUCAUAAAGUACAUUUAUUUACAGGUGUGCUCUUUGUGGGGGGGAUUUACAGCAGUGGAUAUAAGAGCAAACACAUUUCUUUAGUUGUCAUGAUGUAGAUACAGAGACCACACCAAUAAAUCAUACAUACAGUCAAACACUAAAAAAACAAAAGGCCAUUAAACACUUGAUCAGUUGCUGUUUAUUCCAGUUUCAGAUUGGAUCUUGUACCUUAAAUCUUUUGGUCAUUCUACCUUCAAUCGUGUCUCGGUUUAUUUGUAUUUUAUUUUAUUUCUUAACAUUUUAUUCUAUAACAAAAAUACAAUUUCAAACAUAGCAGAACCAGUUCAAUACAGUAAUUUCAACAUUAAAAUAACAUAUCACUGAGAAAUACUAAACAAUAUGAGAAACCACAAUGCUUGUUUAGACAUGGGGAAAAAACAGUAGAGCAGUAAAAUAAAGUAGAUAGUGAAGAACAACAAGCAAACAGAAACAUCAAAGUAACUUAAAAUAAAUAAAAUAAUUUAUGCUAUGCAAAACUUUUUAAGGGUUUUCUUUCCUUUUUCAAACAAACCAUUCUUGAAGUUAUCAUGUAACUUUUGUUCCUUCAAACCAGUUUACAUUUUAAGAGAUUUCAAAUACAUUUUAAAUUCGUUCAUGAAAACAAUAAAUCUGGAGGAUGAUCCCAUAACUGUUUUCUUUUGGAUGAAAUAUUUGGCAAGACAUAAGAUUACAAUGCUACAGAGUUCAUCAAUUUUAUUUGAUGGUAUCAUUCCAAAAGUAACAUUAUCUAGAGAAUUACAUUGUUGAAAUACUGUAAUUUUUUUGUUUAAUCCAUUUGUAAAUGUUAACUCAGAAUGUUUGUGUUAUGUUACAUGAGAAAAAUAUAUGCUCCGUUGUUUCAGUAUCAUUUUCACAAAAAGUGCACAUGCUGUCUUCUAUAUUAAAUCGCAGUCUAAGUAGUUCCUUUGAAGGAUAGAUGUUCAUAAUUUUAAAGUGGGUUUCUUUUGUUUUUGUCUUGGUUUGUUCUUUUGACAUUGUUUUACUUCCUUUAACCUAUAGGCGGAUUGAACCUUUUUGAGUUGUUUUAUUUCUUAUUGUCUUGGUGGUCAUUUAGUUUUAUUUUCCUCAGUUUUUUUUUUUCAUCUAGCUCUAGUUUUUUUUUUUUCUUAAAUUCAUUUUUUUUUUUAAGUUCUAAUAUUUUAGCCAUUGUCUUCCACACAUUUUUUCUUAUAUUUCUUUCUUUCUUUUAUUAUUAUUAUGUUUUGUUUUGUUUUUCAUUUUAAAAUUUCAAUAUCAUAAAAACAGGCAGAAAUAGACCACAAAUACAAUCAACAACAGGGACGAUUACAUAUCCACACACAUAUCAGAGCUAUUUAUACCUUUGUGAGAAUAGAUGAGUUUGGGGUUAAAUUAGGAUGUAGAGAUAUUUGUCCUAAUGUAGUUCACCUUUCACAAAGCGUUUGUUGAUUCAUCUUUGAAACAGAGUCAUUCCUUCUUACAAAAAUGAGAAGUUAAGAAGUGCCUUAGAGCAAGAGUGACAAGAGAAGCAUUCUCAUAUUUCUGUCUUUUCAGGCGUUCAUUGUAGCUCAUGUAACUGCAAAGAUGGUGAACCUGACCCGCCAUGAAAAAGAGAAAUAUUUCCUCACGGUCACAGGAGAGAAAGAGCUUUUCCCCAGCCUGCACGAUCCCAACUCCAGGGAGCUCUCAGUGGUGAUCCCAGCCUACAAUGAGGAGCUCCGAAGUGAGUGUUUUACGGGCACACACCUGUCUGUCAGGGAUGUCGACACAGUGCUUGUGCUGAUUUCUUUUCCAGCGUUGUUUGAGUUUAGGAACAUCAGACUGUAAACUGCCUUCUUAAAGCGCCUGAGAAAGAACUUUAUUAGUUUAUCACACUGCACAAUACAUUUAUAACUGCAAGAAUGUAUUUGAUGACCCAGCUGCACAGCUGCUAAUAAGUGUGUGACUAUGUCUAUGCAGUGCCCGUUAUGCUGGAUGAAGCUAUGGAGUACCUGGAGAACAGACGGGUAAGAAAUAAAUCUAUUUAUGUAAGUAUUAAAUAUAGAUAUCUAUGAUUUAAUCGAUUAUUUAAUGAGAAAAUCAUUUAAUUGUCCUCUAAAAGACAAAGCAAAAUAAACUGGACUUCAGGCUUGACAAGUUACUCUCCAUUUUGCCAGUAGAUGGCGACAUUCAACUAAAAAAGUUCUUAGUGAAACAUGUUCCUCCUGUUUUUUCUCGUCCUGCAGAGAGGGCGUCCCUCUUUCACCUAUGAGGUCAUUGUGGUUGAUGAUGGCAGCAAAGACAAAACCACAGAGGUGAUCCUUGAAAAUCUUUUUUUGUAGCAGCAUGUUACCAAGUGUUGAUUUUGCUCUGCUUUGUUUGAGAGUAUUACCAAUAUUUACUUGUGGUGUUCUGCCAGGUUGCUAUGCGGUACACGAGGAAGUAUGGCGCCGAUAAAGUGCGAGUCCUGACACUAGUGAAAAACAGAGGGAAAGGAGGCGCCGUGAGGAUGGUGAGUGGGAGGCUAGCAAACUGUGACGCGUGUGAAUGCUGCACAAAAACAUCAUAUGAUAAUGACUUUGUGUUUUUCUGUCUCUCUAAAGGGGACUCUGAGCUCCAGAGGUAAAGUCAUUCUGAUGGCAGAUGCAGAUGGAGCCACAAAGUUUUCAGAUCUUGACAAAGUAGAAGCAGCACUGAAUGACCUCAGCCCUAAACCGGUGCAAACACAUUCACUGAUUUUCGUUAUUUUUACACAUGCUUGUCUUAAGAGACUGCUGUUGAUGUAGUCCCUUAAAAUCAACAUGCCUUUCUAUCCAUUUAGGAGAACAUGGGCAUUUCCUGCGGUUCCAGAGCUCAUCUGGAGAAAGAUUCAGUAGCUCAGGUAAAUAUCUGUUUAGAAACCACAGUGCUGUAGUUUUUCUCAGUCUAACCACAAACUAACCCCCUGUGUUGUGUCUCUUUUAGCGAUCCAUGUUUCGCACCUUCCUGAUGUACGGUUUUCACUUCCUGGUGUGGUUCUUUUGUGUGAGGGGGAUAAAGGACACACAGUGCGGAUUCAAACUUUUUACACGUGAAGCUGCUCUUAAAACCUUCUCCUCCCUCCAUGUAGAGCGAUGGUAUGGACUAGCACUUGACCUCGCAAUCACUUUGAAAAGCCUCUGCUAAAUGACAUUGCAACCACUGUGCAUGAAGUUUAAGGUAACAUAGUUCAGACAUUACUGUUUUAUUAAAAAAGGAUUGAUUUAAAAAGGCUUUCUCAGUCAAACAAGUGCAGACAUGAUAGAUAAAUAAUAGCCUCUAUGUUGUUUAACAUGUAUGACAAAUUACACUUAAAGUGAUGCUGAAGCUUUACAUUGACUGAAGGAAGGUGUCCAAUUGAUGAUCCUUGGGCACUAACCAAUCUAAAGCAGAUCAUCAUUAACAAAUAAUUUUUCAAAUCUAGCCAGACUCUUAAAAGGAUUUUCUGGCGUAAAAUUAAUUUAGGGUCAAACACACCAUAACGCCCAGUUAGACACCUCCUCAGGGGAUGAAUGUUGCCAACCGCUUGCUUCUCUAGUUAUACCAACUUUAGUAACGUCCGCACGAUAGCAAUACACAGCGGUCUGAGGAGCCAUAAACAAACCUCAACCAAAAAAGCCACAAAUAAUGCUCAGAACAGCACCUAACUUCAUCAACAGUACAUAUAGGGUCCCAGCCACAGCACUAGCCACCAAACAUCUUUUUAACUUUGCCUGAUUACUUUAGCAAAGAGACCUAACACAACUCACCUCCUCUCUUCCAGCAGCCGUUUAUUUGUAGAGACGGGGUGACGCAGCUCAAGGAAGACAAUUAUGAUCAUUACUUCAUGGAAAUGCAAUCAGACCGAGACGCUAAGGCAGAAGAACUACCGCGUCUGCAGUGCAAAAUGAUUAUUAUGAUGACUAUUACUUAAAGGAAAUGAUAAAGAAAUUAUCAUAAAUGUUCUUCCUUGGGCUGUGUCACCCCGCAGCAGUCUGUAAUGGACUAGCCUGAGGUCUUGCUACAAACAAGCGGCUGCUGGAAGAGAGUAGGUGAGUUGUGUUUAGCCUCUUUGCUAAAGAAAUAAGGCAAAGCUAAAAUCAUGUUUGGUGGCUAGUACUAUGGCUGGGACCCUGUACUGUUGAUGAAGUUAGGUGCUGUUCUGAGCAUUAUUUGUGGCUAUAAAGUGGCGUUUUGGUUGAGGUUUGUUUAUGGUUCCUCAGAUCGCUGUGUAUUGCUAUCCUGUUACUAAAGUUGGUAUAACUAGAGAAGCAAGCGGUCAGCAACAUUCAUCUCUCGAGGGGGUGUCUAACUUGGUGUUACGGUGGGUUUGACCCUAAAUUAAUUUUACGCCGGAAUAUCCCUUUAAUGCCAGGUUUUAGUUAGUGACAGUGUUCAAUAUUUGUUGCUGUGGAAACGUUUGGAUCGGUACCAAAUAUGUAUUGAUUUUCCAUCCCAUGCCCUUAAUACCAGAUCACUGUGUUAUUUUGUAGCUGCAAUGACACAUGAAUGUUGAUGCAACCUUUGAACAUCUGCUCUUCACAUCUAUCACAGGGCUUUUGAUGUGGAGCUUCUGUAUAUCGCCCAGUGUUUCAAAAUCCCCAUAGCAGAAGUUGCUGUCAACUGGACUGAAAUAGAAGGUAGGUUUUUUUUUCUUCCAUCGAAUAUGUGGAUUUGUUUGCUCGUACAGUACAGCCUGUACUGUGUGGCUUAAUUUUGAACCCUAUUGUUUGUGAAUGUAAUUGUAUUGUGGAUACGUAAAGGUGUUUAUAUUUGAGGGAAACAUAUGUUGUGAUCCAGUCACAUGAACUUCUUUAUAAGAUUAUAAAAAUCUUGUUCAUAUCCUCUACCAGGGUCCAAGCUGAUCCCGUUUUGGAGCUGGCUGCAGAUGGGAAUAGACCUGGUUUUCAUUCGCCUGCGCUACAUCACAGGGGCCUGGAAGCUGCAGUCGCCACAAAAGACUGACUAGCCAAUCAGAUGAGCCCUGGCAUCAUAGCAGCAGCCUAUGAUAGGGCAGUCAAACAUUUGUAUGAGGUGGGAUUAACAACUGUUCAUCAGUCAGAGAAAAGUGCAGUAUUUCACAUCCUUCCUCACUGCAGAUUUGAUCAGACUUGAAGUAAUGACACGGUUGUGAGUUCCCGCCAUCCUGCCUUUCAAAAAAAAUCCAGAUUGGCUUGUGAUGGCCGUUGUUACAUGCCCAGUUCUGUUGCAACGGAUACAGAAUGUCUGGAAGACUGAACCUUGUACUGAGUUACUUUUUUUUAUUAUUUUGUGGCCAAUCAGCUGUAAGUGAGGGAAAACAUGUACUGAAAUGUGAAGGAUCACAGGUAGAAUGAAUGUUGUUUGUGAGAUUGGAGGGGUUGUAUAUUUUGGGGGGACAUGGCUCUGGGUCAGCGGACCUGAUGACUUGAACAAAAUAAAAUAAUUUCAGUGAUUUAUGA